AGGAAGGAGAAGAAAAUGAGUAGAGGUGGGUGACAAUAAUUCAUAGGGUGAGGAGGGUGAAAAUGUGAUGACCCGUUUUAUAAAAUGGAGCCUUUGAUGAUGGAAUGAGGUGUAGGAUGAGGAGAGAGAAAGAGAUCUUAAAACUGGGAAGAUUGAUUUUGGUUUUGAGCUCUUGAGAGUCGGUCUAGGGGAGAAAGAGGGAGUGGAGCGAGGAUUUGGGCGAGAAAAGAGAUGGAAAAAGAUUCGAUAAGUGCUUGGAUUUGCGUGGUUUGAAAGGGCUUUUUGUUCGGGUUGAUUUGUCUAUCAGACAAGCGAACUUGGGGGAGGGAGAUACGGAACUCUCAGAUAUACUUUUUCUCUCUCUCACUAUUUUAUAUUUUAUUUCUCUCCGUCUCCAUCUUUGCUGAAAACUUGGGUUGGGUUCUGGGUUUUUUCCCAUAAGUAGCCGAUUUUCACUCCAGAACCUGCGAGAUUUUGGUUCUCAAAAAUGGGGAUUUCGGUUUUCUCUUGACUUGCGUUUCUGGUUUCUCUGUUUCUCAGAUUUGGGUUCUCUUCCUUCUCCCCCCUCUUUACUACUGCAAAUUUCAACCUGGAUUUUUUGGUUGCGUCUUAGGAAGAAGACCCAGACAACAAUUUAUUUCUUUUUCUUAGCAUUCUGAAUCUUCUCUCUCUGGGUUCUCUUCAUCAUUUUCACUUUUUGGCAUCUGGGUGUCUUCAUCUUUUUCAUUUGUUUUUCUUCUUCUAGGAUUUUCCUGUAGUUAGAUGGCAGAGCAGAAGAAUGGCACAAGAAGAACAGCAACACCAGAAAUAUAACAAUAAUAGCAGUGGUGGUGAUUGUGGUGGUGGUGGUGGUAGUAAUGGAGGAGGUCGUUCUGCCAAGAAGCUGAAGCAGAAAAAAAUCCCACAAAGAGGUCUUGGGGUUGCCCAACUGGAGAAGAUCCGAUUAGAAGAGCAGCAGCAGAAGGGCGUGGCUGCUGGGGUGUCCUCCCCUUGUUUUGUUAUUCCACUACCUCCUCCUCCUCCUCCUCACCACCAGUCAUCUUCUUCGUCCCCUUUCCCUACAUCUUCAAUUGAUCUGUCUUCGACAACUUCUCUGUUUGGAAGCCCUCCUCCGGGUCCCAGCCCUACUCUUGAUCUUUUGGUCCCACCACCACCUCCAACUCCUUCGUUGCAGACGAUAACUCCAAUUUAUGGUUCUCAUCAAGUUGCUUCCGGUGGUGGCAGCGGUGGUCGUACGAUGUCUGACAUGGUCACAUCUUUUACAAGGCAAGGACAUUAUCCCAAUAUGUGGAACGAGUUGAACUACAAUGGUGAUGUUCCCAGAUUGGAUCAUGGACUUGCAUGCCGAACCCACUUGCAGAACGAGACAUCCUACCCAAUUUGGCAUUCUUCUCCCCCCGUUGUGAAUGAUAGAAAGCAACCACAUUCUUCAACAAUGGUGACUGUCCCUCCCUUUACUUCAUCAUCGUCUGGACUAGGUUUCCCGAUGGAGCUUCCUUCAAACCAAAGCAUUUUCAGCAACAGCAACUACACGCCACCGUCACCGUGGCCCGAGGAAGAGAAGAUGGUUGGUAUUAAGCGACCAUGGCCCUUCUCUCUAGAAAACCUGCCGUUUCCUUCCAAAAUUCCUUCGAUUAUCCAGCCAAUCUACAGACCAGAAGAACAAUCUUUAUGUGGCAAUAGCAAUGGCAGCACAUUCAAGUUGGAACCUGGAGAUUGCAUUAUCAGUGAGGGUACCUCGGGCUCCACAGCCCUCCACACGACCUGGAGAGGAACCAGGUCCGAGCUGAACCACAAGAAUGGAAUUAAAGAAAAUGGAACUCUUCAAGGGGAUUUUCUCACCUUGGGCCCUCCUGCAACAAGUUCAUCCACAAUGGGUUGCAAAUCUAAUAAGCAACAGCCCUUAGCAUCCUUACCUUCCCAUUAUCCAAUCCCUGAAUUCGAUCUGCAAUCAUCUCAGGCAAGAAGCAUUGAAGAGCCCUUGCUGCGACCAGCUGGGUCAUCAAUAGAACAGCAGCAGCAGCAACCCAUUCAUAAUUUCUUCCCACCAAAAGGGCAGAGAGUGGCAACCACGACGAACGACCACAGGAGAAUUGAGGCUAGCGACACAGUUGAUCUCAACCUGAAGUUGUAAGUGGGGGGAACUUGAGAGAGAUAGAGAAACAGAGCAUGGGAGAGAGAAAAAC